UUAACUCUUCAACUAGUUCAGCAUAAUGUUUCGUGUACUUUUUGUCUUGGUAGCAGUCGCCAUGAGUAUGGUUGAGGCCACCAGUCUUUGCGGCUGCUCUUGCGGGCGGGAGGACAGACGAGUGUGCUGGGCAAUAGAGAAUUGUGUCUGCCGUCCAUUCCAUAACCAUUGCAUCCUAAAAUAUACAAGUGACGAAAACGAAAAGGCUGGCAAGGGUCCGCUUAUUGCAAUGCCUGAGUGCCAAUGCAAGGCUUGGGGUCGCAAGUAUUGCCCUGAUCCAAGAGUCGUUGGUGAAAUAUCGUAUCCAUCGGACUGCCCAUGCCCCUACGCUGCUGGAAUCUCCAAGAACGUAACAUAUCCCAGCUACUGCGAAAUGAUGAGGAUUACAGCUGAGCAGAAGUUGCCCGUUAUGCGCUAUUGGAAAUAUACCGAUCUGAAUGAAUAAAUGACAAACAAUUUGUACAAUAUGAAUAUUUUAAA